GACUCUAUAGCGCCUUGGUUGACAUUGUUGUGGGAGUGAGAAUAUACUUUAUCGUCGGGUCUUUUAAACAUUAUUCUUUGGGACGUGGUUACAAUUUAUAAGAUAAACCCACGAGUAACUCAUCACAAAUCUGGAAAUAUUUCUUUGAAUAUUUGAGAUGAUGAAAUUAAUCUGUGGGACGAUGAAAGACCAAUGUACGAGGCUGCUCAAGGUGUGGCUGUAAAGGGAGGCCCCUUUGAAGACCCAGCGUGUGUGUGUGUGUGUGUGUGUGUGUGUGCGUGUGUGCGCGUGUGUGCGCGCGUGUGUGCGCGUAUGUGGGUGUGUGUGUCUUACAUUUCUCUCCCCUGAUGCCGCCUGCCACAUUGUAAAUUCAUGAUCACAUGACUUUGGAUAUGGACGCAGUCCUGUCCGACUUUGUCCGUUCUACUGGAGCUGAACCAGGAUUGGCCCGAGACCUACUAGAAGGCAAGAACUGGGAUCUGACCGCUGCCCUCAGCGACUUUGAGCAGCUGAGGCAGGUGCACACGGACACCUUGACAUAUUCAUUUGUGGAAGAGAGGGACUACCCUCCCCCCGAAAAGGAGGUGGCUCGAGUGAGCCGUCCGCUCCUGCACCGGCAGGAUGAGGUGGUGCAAGCGGCCAACGAGAAGCGCCUCUCCAGAGGCAUCUCACACGCAAGCUCCACCAUCGUGUCGCUGGCGCGCUCACACGUCUCCAGCACGGGCGUAGGCAGCGGCAGUGCCGAGCCGCUCCUGGACACGCCCGUCUGCACCUUCCAGCUCCCCGACCUCACCGUCUACCGCGAGGACUUCCGGGGCUUCAUCGAGCGCGACCUCAUCGAGCAGUCCAUGAUGGUGGCACUGGAGCACGCUGGGAGACUCAACUGGUGGACUCGUGUGGGUCCGGGCUGCCAGAGCCUGCUCCCGCUGGCCACUAGCGGAGAUGGGAACUGCCUGCUCCACGCUGCCUCGCUGGGAAUGUGGGGUUUCCACGACCGGGACCUGAUGCUGCGGAAGGCCCUGUAUGCACUGAUGGACCACGGCCAGGAGAGGGAGGCACUGAGGCGCAGAUGGCGCUGGCAGCAGACCAUGCAGAACAAAGAGUCGGGCCUGGUGUACACAGAGGAGGAGUGGCAGAAGGAGUGGAACGAGUUACUGAAGCUGGCAUCCAGCGAACCCAGAAUCCACUACAGCGCCAACGGCAGCAACGGGGCGGAAUCCUCAGAGGAGCCGGUGUACGAGAGUCUGGAGGAGUUCCAUGUGUUUGUUCUGGCCCACGUGCUGCGAAGGCCGAUCGUGGUGGUGGCCGACACCAUGUUAAGGGACUCCGGCGGUGAGGCCUUUGCACCGAUUCCAUUUGGAGGGAUUUACCUGCCCCUGGAGGUCCCAGCUAGCAAGUGCCACCGCUCGCCCCUGGUGCUGGCCUACGACCAGGCCCACUUCUCUGCCCUGGUGUCCAUGGAGCAGAAGGACGGCACCAAAGAGCAAGCGGUGAUUCCUCUGACCGAUUCAGACCAUAAGAUGCUGCCGCUCCACUUCGCCGUGGACCCUGGGAAGGACUGGGAAUGGGGGAAGGAUGACGGUGACAACGUCAUGCUUGCCAGUGUGACCCUCUCUCUGGAAGCCAAGCUGCACCUUCUGCACAGUUACAUGACCGUGACCUGGCUACCACUGCCUUGUGAGCAGGCUCCGCUGGCCCAGCCGGAGUCGCCGACGGCCUCUGCCGGCGAGGAGGCACGCAGUCCCCCGGACUCCGGCGAGUCCGACAAGGAGUCGGUGAGCAGCAGCUCCAACGGCAACGGCGACAGCAGCACCACCACCACCAACACCACCACGGGGGGCAGCUCCUCGUCCAAGCCCAGCGGCUCGUCCAGUUCCUCCAGCUCGUCCAGCAACAGCUCUGCCCCCAAGGAGAAGAGCCGCAAGGACAAGGAGAAGGACAAGGACAAGGAGAAGGACCGGGACAAGAAGAGGGCGGACUCGGUGGCCAACAAGCUGGGCAGCUUUGGCAAGAGCCUGGGCAGUAAGCUGAAGAAGAACGUGGGUGGCCUGAUGACGAGCAAAGGGGGCGCUGGAGGGUCCGGCAGCGGGACGCUGGGCAAAGGGGAGGGCACGGAGGGCAAGAAGAAGGGCUCCCUCAGGGGCCGCAAGGGCAGCAAGGACGGCUCCCCCUCUAUGCACAGCUCCGAGGAUUCUGGGAAAGGGUCUCCGUCCUCCAGCAUCGAACGGCCCGUCGGGGGCAGCCCGGGCGAGUCGGACCCGUACAAGUACAGCACGGACGUGAAGGUGAGCCUGGGCAUCCUGCGGGCCGCCAUGCAGGGCGAGCGCAAGUACAUCUUCGCCGGGCAGCUGACCACGAGCAACCGGCAGCCCUUCCAGGAGGAGAUGAUCCAGCGGUACCUGGCCGACGCCGAGGAGCGCUUCAGGGCCGAGCAGGAGCAGCGGCGCGAGGCAGAGAGGAGAGGCGGCGCCGGGCUGACCACCCCCAACGGCACGCUGCCCCGCAAGGAAGGCGGCGGAGGAAUGGAUCUGGGAUACCGUGGCGGCGGCAGCGGCGGCGGCGUGGGCUACGAAGGUGCGAAGGACGAGCAGCUGCAGACGGAUGGAACCUCGAGCGCGUUUAGCAACUUCAAACCGUCCGUCUUCAGCCCCAACCUGUACUCGGGCGUGGUGCCCAUCCCGCGGCCCACGUUGGUGGAGCAUCCCGCGGCCGCCCUCUCCCAGCCACCUCCGGCCCCUCUGUCACAGUCCCUGCACACGCACGGCUACUUGGACACUCGCCGACAGCUAGCCGGCGGUGGUCCCCCUGGCCCCUCCUCUUCCUCCUACAUCGGGUUCCCGUCGUACGCCACCCUCCCCCGCCACUGCCCCGUGGCUCAAGAUCCGCCCCACCCCCAGUACCACCCUCCUCCUGCCCCUUCUGCAGUGGCCAGUCCCUCCAGGGUCAACCCCUGCUUCUCCACCUACCCUUCGGAGCUGGACCCUGAGCCCGUAGGGGGCGGCGGUGGGUACAGCAACGGCUACCGGGACCUGCGCUCGGGCCUGGACAGCGGUCGCAGCGGUCCGCCUCCGGUCCGGCACUACUCCCUGGGCAGCGCUGGCGGCCUGGCCAGCCUUCAGUCCACCCGCUGCCGGACACCCAGCUGCAACUUCUACGGACACCCCGAGACGAGCAACUAUUGCUCCUACUGUUAUCGGGAGGAGCUCAAGAGAAGGGAAACGGAGCCAACCAUCCACAGGUUCUGAGCUUCUGGGGGGGGCGGUUAAGGAAAGAAGUGCGGCACACGGUCUACAUGCCCUGCCUGCCUGCCUGCCUGCCUGCCUGCCUGCUUACCUGGGGGGCAACUGAGGCUUCUGUCUUCAAAAGGAAAAAAUAAAAACGUCACAGACAUUGCCUUUUGAACUGGAACGAUGAGUCCUCCUUCUCCAUGCAGACUGUGGAGAUUGUGGCAAGUCUUAACUGUGACUGGCUUCGAUGGGGAAGAGGAUUCGACUGGGACUUUGGCUCUGUCUGUGGAGGACCUGAGAUGUGGUGGAGAGAAACGGCCCUCUGUAGUCUUCUCUCAGCGUUGUUACGGUCACCCUCUGUUUUGGCUCCCCCUAGUGGAGUGAAUGUAAACCGCAGGCGACAUCAUUUGUUUGAAAGUGCAACAUGCUUAAUUGCGUUUCAUGAAAUAGUACAACUCACACAUACACAACCCCAGGCAUACGAGAAGCACAACCAUGAACUGCUUGUUUAUCUAUUAUUUUUUGUAACGAGCAUACAGUCUUUGGCACUGUAGGUCAAUUAGAAAAAGGUCAGCCAAGGGUAGAUUGUGUACCACUGGACUGAGGUUUUGGUUUUGCGAAGUUAUUUCAAUGAAUCAAAGAAUCUCAUAGUUCCUCUAUGGGUGGAGAAAAGAAAAUAUUGGAAAAAAAACAUCAACAAUGAAAUCGGUCUUCUAAAUAUUUGUUGCAAAUACUAAGCAAGUGCCAGUGAAAUCAAAUAGCAAUGGUUUCGGUAUUUCUGUCAGUCAGAUGAAGUUUGGCAAAGCAUCACACUCUCGGCAAAUAUCUGUUUGGCUAAACGUGGGUUUGGCACGGUGCUCUCCUGUUCCGUCAUCUCAGCCUGAUGGCCCCGUUGAACUGCUUCAGCCCUCAAACCAAAUGCAGCCAUCAAACAAAACGCGCUCUUUUUCUCCAUGACAUGACGUACACUACAAACCAACAUCUCUGACAUGCCCUGACGGAUGGCAUUUCUAACUCCGCACUCGUGUUGCUAACUAUCGAAGAAAGGAAGUCACAAGAUGGCUGUCGGCCUGUGACACUUAAUAAUCACAGAACAAAUGUGGUGGUGAAUAUUUAGUGUGGCAUAAAACUCUUGACAACAAUUUCUGUGUUCGCAGAAACGUAGAUGCUACUGGUCAGCCAGCUGCUGCACUUUUUUUUUUGUUUGUUGGUGUUGUUUUUUUUUCUGAUAAGAAACUGAUAAAUUCAUUCUCCGUUUCAAUAUUGGUGUAUUUAAAGAGUGUUUCAAUGUUCUGGUUUCUGAUGGUACAGUAUAGCUUUUUUCAAACAAAUAGCCAAUAUCGAAUUCUUGUACAAGUCAGCGUAAUUAGCUUAACUCUGUGGUCUGCGUGUAUAUAUAUAUAUAUAUAUAUAUAUAUAUAUAUAUAUAUAUAUAUAUACACAAACAAAAGGUCAUUAGUGUCAUAUUAGGUCUAGUUAAGGGUCUAGCCUGGCUAAUCAGAUAUAUUCUAAGCAAUAUUGCGGUAAAAUUAAACCAGAGGAAAACUGAUGCCAGUUGUCAUGCAAAAAAAAAUAUAACACAUAACAUUGCGAUACCCUACCUUCAAAAAAGCUCAAGUCACGGCAUGAUGUGAUGUCCAAGUAGAGAGAGUGACCAUGAUGAGUCACUAGGCGGCUUUCUGCACAAAAAUGAAGCACUUUUUUUCUUAGGUCCCGACCGUUAUGUGUGUUUGUGUGUGUGUGUGCGUGUGUGUGCUUGUGUGUAUGUUCCAGUGUGAUUAGGGCAUGCCGUGUGUUAUUUCGGACCUGGGAUGUCUGCUUCCUCAGUCUAGAGGUGCGGCCUGCUUGCUCUUGACAGAUAGGCGCGAGUGCAACUCGUAGUGUUCUCUGAGGAUGAUGGCAUCGCUCUCUCAUCUCUUGUUGUUUCCAAGUUGCCUUUUUCUCUUGGCCCAUCUGCUCUACGGGUUUCUGUCUCUCUGUAUAAAAGCCUAAUGUUUCCCCGUUUUUAUUUAUUUCAAAUUCCAAAAUCUGUGGGAAGCCAUUUUGGGAGUAUGGCUUUUCUGGCCAUCACACCGUGUGUGUGUGUCUGUGUGUGUGUGCGUGUGUGUGUGUGUGUGUGUGUGUUCAAACAGUGCUUAAUGCCAUGUGUUUGGCAGAGGCCUCUCUCAGGCCUGUUAUUUUUUUCCUCUUUCUCUGUCCCUUUUUUUUUUUGGAGUUUAGAAGUUGCAGCCAUGUUGGUUGAUAGACAAAGGUCUCGUUAAGGAUCUGCCGUGGUGGCGGAAAUACCUGGCAAAGAUGGACGGGGGGAGAAAAGAAAUGGCCCCAAAACAGUCCCCUCACAGGCAGCAAAGCUAUGUGGUGCGGUUCAUUUUGCACAACAAUAAUACUCGUAAAGCUUUGAGUAGGUUGGCAUUAUUUAACUGUUGCCAUUAUAUUGCUGACAGAAUUGAAAUAACCUGGGACGUGGUCCCUUUGAUAUCACUACCAACAACACCACACAGACACACUGAUCGUAAAGUAAGCACUUCAAAUGGAGACAUUAACCCUUGAAAAAUUGGCAGUGUGGAAAUUACACAACUAUUCUCAUUUGGUCUUUCACACUUACAAUGACUUGCAUCUGAUGGGUAUAAAAAAUUGUUGCCAUGCUCUCAUAUUUGCCUCGCUAAUUUUUUUUUUUUUUUUUUUUAUGCAGUCACUGCCAUACCCAGUGGAUGGCGCUCUUGUAUCAGUUUCCUUAGUAUGGAAAGGAUAGGCAAUAAGACUUCACCAGUUAACCUAACAAUUUAUUAAUUGAAUCGGAAAGGUCUAAAAAAAAGUUCAUCUAGAGAGUAUUUGGGCUUAGGCAAUGUAUAUAAAGGGUAUCUGUCUUCUGUUGAAAAUAAAGACCAAUCCUUUUUCGAACUACCAGACAUGUAUCUAGAAGUGAUCUCAUGGUGAUGGUUUUGUGUGGUGUGCACAGUUUUGUUACAGCUCUCUCCUUCCCUGCUGAUUCUCAGUGAGAAUCUGUGUAUGAACAUGUCUCUAUGUAAAUUGUGAGUGCGUGUGUGUGUAUGCUGCGUGCGCGCAAGUGCUAAUGGCAUACUUUGCCCUCACAAAAAAGUAUUGCAGCUUAAAGGCACAAUCAAGAGGACUUCUUCAGAAAAAAAAAGUGAAAAAAGGAAAAGUUGAAAAUUUGAUGGCAACUAACUUGAGUGUUUAUUUCUCCCUUCGCUUACAUUAGUGGCUUCAUUUAUUCCAAGAAUGGAAAGAUCUCUAAAAGAAAACAUUGUGCAUUGAACUUCAAUAAGACUGCAAACUUUUUUGUUUUUAUAUUAAAAAAAAGACAACGGAAGGUUGUACAAAUAUGUUCCAAGUUAUUUUUGUAAACCAUACCAAACGUUUUACAGUGUUUUUAAAGAAAAGAAUGUAUAUUGUUGGACACUAAACUGAACGGAUACCAAACUGCAGUAGUCAAAAUGGUGAUGGGAGACAGUAUUCAUUGGAAUGAAUUUUCUUUCCUUUCUGUUUGACUAUUGAGGCUGACCACAAAAAAGGUUUCUUGUGAACAAACUAAUACUUUCAUUAAUGACCUGACAAAAAAGGUGUGGUUUUGAAAUAUAUAUUUAUAGGAAGGUUUUUUUUUUUUCAGGAAGAUUUUGCUUGUUUAAUUUUAGGAAUACCAGAAUGUUCUUUCACACAUGGCUACUGGUCAGACAGACGGGCCUCACUAAUGUUCAUAUCUCUCUCACACACACACACACACACACACACACACACACACACACACACACACACUUGCAUGCAUAUACAUAUUACACAUACACCCCUAUACACACCCAUUUAUUGCAAUCUCAACACAAAACAAGUUAAAAUAAAUAAAUAAAUAAAUAAAUAAAUAAAUAAGAAUUUACAGGACCUGACUGAGGCACUCAGCUUGUCGCAGUUUAUUUCCCAACAUGGAUUCUUUUCUUUUUGCUAAGUUUGAGGUAUAGCUGACCCGGGUUUAUAAAGUAUGUACUUUUUUAUUUUCCUGACAGUCAUCCAUAAAUUCUUCCAUGGGAUGCUUUGGUUUGCAUGGAACUGCAGCUUUGGCAUGUUGCAGAAGGGUAUGUCCCCCAUAUGUUGCAUCAUGCGUAGUUUGAUGGGGUCAUGCUCCUUCUUCGCCAUCCGUGCUCUCUCCCGCCCCAUCCAUGUUGGCAGAGGCAAGCCCAGGCUGUGUGACAGUGCAAUCUAGAUAGAAAGAACAUCUGAUUAUCUUUUAGUUUUAUUGUUUUCUCUCUUUUUUUUUUAUUUGCACCGUUUGAAUAAAAUUCUCAUUGUAUUUAAACACUA